AUGGUUCUGAUGAUACUCCGGGAACAAGGAAAAGAGAAAGAGAAGGAGGUAGUGGUUACCACUAUUUCAAAACCACCACCUCCUUUUCCACAGCGAUUGAAGAAGAAAAUGGAUGAUGCAAAAUUUAGCAAGUUUAUGGCAAUGUUAAAGCAACUAACAGUGAACUUGCCUUUGGAAGAGGCACGUGAACAAAUCCUAGGAUAUGCUAAAUUUAUGAAGGAUCUAUUGAUGAAGAAGAGGGUAGUAAGAUAUAAGUCGGUGGAUAAUCUUCACCAUUGUAGCGCCAUUUCUACACGAUCCUUAGUGCAGAAGAAGGACGGCCCUGGAGCAUUCAAUAUUCCAUGUACAAUUGAGUCUCUCAAUUUUGCUAAGGCCCUAUGUGAUCUGGGGAUGAGCAUAAAUUUGAUGCCGCUAGCCAUAUAUAAAAAGCUAGGUUUAGGGGAUCCUACCCCGACAAAUAUGCGGUUGGUGAUGGCGGAUAGGUCUAUGAAGAAGACAAUAGGAAUAUUACAUGAUGUAUUGGUAAAGGUGGCCGAUUUUAUACUUUCUGCUGAUUUUGUUGUCCUAGACUAUGAGGUAGACUUUGAAGUGCCCAUCAUUUUGGGUAGAUCAUUCCUUGUAACUAGAAGAGUGGUAGUGGACAUGGAGCUGCAUGAGCUAAAGUUUAGGUUCAAUGACAAAUAA